GAGCGUUUACUCGUAUUUAAACUCCUAUCGCCGUUGACGGACAAAUAGCAGAUCUCCGCCGUCUGAAAGGCUCGGCAUCAGCAUCAUCAUCAUCAUCAUCAUCAUCACAGACACCGACAGACGCUCCGCGCGCGCGCUCAGAACCCUUUGUUUACAUUCCGCCCUCGGAGAAUCCGUAUACAUUGCACUCUUUUGGAAUGCCUUGACGUGACGUCAUGGGGGUAGACGUUCUAUUCGGAGUUCUAAAAUGAACACCUGUUAUGGUUCAGAUGGCAAGAAAAGAGGAGAGGCGACGUUUGCUACUGAAGCGGACACACUGAAGCCUUCUAAUCUCCGCCAGCGCAACUAAAGCCGUUUAGGGAUCCAUUUAGUGAUAAGCCCGACUGCUGCUCUCUGACAGGGAACAUGGAUGGUGAGGAAUUUGCAAUGACGAGAGCGAUGAUGAUGAGUGCAGUCGUACGGCUGCUUCUCUGUGGAAACUAGCUUAGAAGACACUCGCAUCGUCUUUUUAUUAUUAUUAUUAAUUUUAAUAAUUUUUUCUCCAACCUCGGAUUAUUAUUUUUUAAGUGAGAAACUACUACCUAAUCGUAUAACAUGGGAAAGGAUGAAUGCAAGACCAUGUUGGACGCUCUCAAUAAAGUGACCGCUUGCUACAGGCACCUGGUCACCGCUUUGGGGAGCACGUCGGAUUCCCAAAACCUCCGGGAGGAACUUAAAAAGACCAGAAAGAAAGCACAGGAGCUGGCGGUGGCCAACAGGACUAAGCUCACCGCUCUCCUGAAGGACAAAAGCAUCAGUAAAGAUGACCGAGCUGAGUAUGAGCGCCUCUGGGUGCUCUUCACCAGCAGCAUGGAGCUCCUGGAGGUGGACAUGAAGCGGUCUUUGGAAAUAGGGCAGGAUUUUCCUCUCAAAGUGCCAACCAGACACCUUAUCCAGACGGGAAUGACCGGCAGCACCACUACUGUGGCGGCUCGAGCAAUGAGCGUCCAAAACAUGAAGUACGAAGCCGACGCCAACAUCGACACGGUGGACCUCCGGGAACUGGAAACCGAGAUCGCCCAGGUGGACCAGAUGAUGGAGGAGAUGGAGAUGAAGGUGCAGGUGGCGCCGUGGGCAGUGGAGGCGAAGCAGGAGGCGGGCGCCGAGUUAAAGUCCACCGUCAGUGUUGGCAAUUCAUCAGUCGGUGUCAUCUCAAUUUGCGAGGAGGAACCCAAAGAAACGGUGGAAGGGGAAAACGGGACGAUGAAAAUAUUCGCGGGCAUCAUUUUCACCGCUGUUUUGCUCAUAGCUGGAAUUCUGGGCUACCUGGUGAUUAAUCUAUAAUAUAGUUUUGGCGUGGAUGAAUGACAGAAGCUCAGGGCUUUAGAUGUUCUCACAGGCCUGUCAGGCAAUGUAUGGUGUGCGUGGAGAUAAAACAGAUCACCUCGCCGGGUAUAUAGGCCUAUUAAUAAAGAAAUGCUCCGGUGUUUAAAGGGAAUAGCCAAAACUCCAUCGUGAAUGGUUCAUCAAGCUCAGAAGGUAAAAACUGCACAGUUCAUCACUGACUCCGAUAAACUUUAGCUACUUUUAUGGUACACUGUAAAAAAUAUCCGUAAAUUAAGAGGUUUUUUUUAUUUUUAUCCUGUUUAUUUAUGCUUUUGAAUUGCAAUAUGGGACUUUGAUCUUUCUUUUCAACAAUUUUAACCAUGAAAAGUUAAAAAAAAGUAAUUUUUAAAAAAAAAAGUAAAACAUUUUUAUUAGUUUAAAGUGAAUUAUUGUCUGGGUUAGUGUUGUAUAUUACAAUACAAAAACCUUUUGACAAACUGCCAGUACAUUUUCUGUUAUUUUACAGACUAAAUAUUAUUUAUUAUAGAUUAUAUUAUUAUUUUAAACCAAUAAAAUGUCAAUAAAAGUCACGUUGAACUGUAGAGUUGAAUUUUUCAACAUCAAAAGUCGACAGAGCAGAUAUCAAGAUCCCAUAAUGCAACCGUAAAUAGCGAAUUACACUUGUGAAUUACAAAAUAAGGAAACUGUUAGAUAUGUUUUUUUUACAGUGUGCAGUUUUAAUCACAUUUUUGGCACAAACACCUACAACUGAAGAUCAUAACUUUCUGGAGGUUAUACCUCAUGUUAAAUGAAUAUUUGUUUGACAGUUUAGCCACAUUUAAGGUUUCACAUCACGUUUCUCGACACCUGAAGGUAAAAACUGCAUAGAUCAUAGGUGGAAUAGUUUGAAGUAAACUUUACAUUGUGAACAAUAUCCAUAGAUUAUCAGUUUUCCAUAAUUUUGUAAUUUAUAGGUUUUAUUUCUUUUAUUUUUGCUCUUGAAUUGCAUUAUGGGGCAUUGAUCUCUUCUCCAACAACUUUUGAUGUUGAAAAGUUUGAAAAAGGUUGAAAAAUAAAACAAUGAACAGAACUUUUUUUGUUAUUUUACUAACUAAUAAGUUAUCUCUAUAUUAUUCAUAUAUAUUAUAUUAUUUCAAACUACUAAAAUGUCAAUAAAAGUCCCUUUGUUAAACUGUAGAGUUGACUUUUCAACAUUAAAAGUCGACAGAGAUCAACAUCCCAAAAUGCAAUUUAUAACAGUAAAUAACGAAUGACACUUGUGAAUCCCAAAAUAAGGAAACGAAGAACUGAAGGUCACAGGUCACAAUUAUCUGAAAUAAACUUUACACUGUGAAAAAUAUCCAUACUUUGUCAGUUUUCCGUAUUUUGUGAUUCAUGGGUUUUAUUCCUUUUAUUUUUGCUCUUGUAUUGCAUUAUGGGGCAUUGAUCUCUUCUCCAACAACUUUUCAAUUCAAAUAAGCGUCAUUGUCUAUCCCACAGAGGUUAAAAAAUUGUCUUUGGGCUCACACACAACAACAAAACAUAAAUACACUUACACAAUUAUUUUAAAAAUCCUAUUUAAAAAAACAAUGGCAAUGGGAAUAAAUGUCUUCUUGUAGUUAGCCUUUUUUGCUAAAGGGACUUUAUAUCGUCUACCAGACGGAAGUAACUUAAAGGAACCAUGUAAAGAGUCUUCCACAAUAGUGGAGGUUUUUCUUUCUAUCGCUGCUAUAAAUAAAUCAAUGAGAGGUGUUUGUCUCUCACCAAUUAUUUUACUUGUUAAGUUUACCAAACUUAAAAGUUAAUUUGUGCUUUUAACAGAGAGGGAAUUAAACCAGGCUACAAUAUUAAAAGUAAGGACAGACUCAAUAAGUGAUUUAUAUCAACAAUCAAAAUACCGUUAUUAGAACUUCUCAGUUUUCUCAACAAACUCCACCACUGCUCAGCCUUCUUAAAAACGUUCUCUGAAUCAAAAGAGGAUUGCAAGUCAAUUUCCACACC